AUGGCUUUGGUAGUUGCAGGAAUGGAGAACUGUGGCGGGUUUGUGGCGAUUCUCAAGGCAUGUGUGCUGAUCAGAAGCAGGGUGUCUACUGCUCUCUCUUUAGCCUUGCCUGUCAAUUUGGGUCUAGCAUUUCUUGAAGCUUUGUUCCAGUACCGCGUCGUAACAAUUUACCAUCUGUCUGAUAAAAUCAGCUUCUAUAUGGCUUUAGAGGGUCUGUUGAUUGCUUAUUUAUACUCCCUUCUCAUUCUUCAAGAAACUGUCAUCACCUGCAUUUUCUACACAAAUUGCAAGACAGAGUUAAGAAUAGACGGGGAAGGAAACUCAAACUAUUAUUAUUACAGUAUUAAGAGCAUGGAGGAAAAUGAAAUAUUCACAGACUCAAAAUAUUUGCAUGAAUUGCCUUGA